AUUCUAUAACUGGUCUAAGAUCUCUACACUAACUAUUACGGAAAGGGUUGUGAUUGUGAAAGUGAAAUGUGAAUAUAAUAGCAGGUUAUCUAAAAUAGUGCUGUAAUUCAAUAGUGUUAUAUAUAUUUUUACUUACAAUCAUUCUUAAAAGUAUCUAUUCCUUUCAUCUCAUUUUUAUCUUUUACAUAAUAAUAUAUAGGUAUGCCAUCAGUUUGCAGUGAAAUAAUUGAUGACAUUGAAGAUUUGAUAUCUUGCCAAGACAUUGGGCCAAAGGAGCGUUACAGUAGUAGGAAGUCGGUAACUGUUCGAGUGAAAAAGAAACAGUGUGAAAAGACUGAUACGCAUAAGAACGACGUGGUAAAUGUGUCACUGAGCAGCAUUAUCCCAGGCACUCAUACGAUUUAUGUGAAAACGUGGGGUUGUACCCACAACAGUUCAGACAGUGAGUACAUGGCUGGGCAGUUGGCUGCAUAUGGUUACAAAUUAACAGAAUCCAAAAUGGAUGCUGACCUAUGGAUUCUGAAUAGUUGCACUGUAAAGAACCCAGCUGAAGAUCACUUCAGAAAUGAAAUCGAAAACGGAAGGAAAAUUGGGAAGAAAAUGGUAGUGGCGGGGUGUGUGCCGCAAGGUGCUCCAAAAUCGAAUUUCCUCAAAGGUCUUAGCAUGAUUGGCGUGCAGCAAAUUGACAGAGUGGUCGAAGUCGUCGAGGAGACACUUAAAGGUCACAGUGUUCAGUUGUUGGGACAGAAAAAAUCGGAUGGACGUAAGAUUGGAGGCGCUCCUCUAGGAUUGCCAAAAAUCAGGAAAAACCCGCUAAUCGAAAUAAUACCUAUAAAUACUGGAUGCCUCAACCAAUGUACUUACUGUAAGACAAAACAUGCCAGAGGAGAUCUGGGAAGUUAUAAACCUGAGGAGAUUGUUGAACGAGCUCGCCAAUCGUUCUCAGAAGGCGUCUGUGAACUAUGGCUGACGUCCGAAGAUACAGGGACGUACGGCAGAGACAUAGGCUCUAGUCUGCCUGAGCUAUUAUGGAAAGUAAUCGAAGUGAUUCCACCAAACUGUAUGAUGAGGGUUGGAAUGACCAAUCCGCCCUAUAUUCUUGAGCAUUUGGAGGAAAUGGCUAAAAUACUGUCACACCCGAGAGUCUACAGUUUCCUGCAUGUUCCCGUGCAAUCCGGAAGCGAUGCUGUGCUCACUGAUAUGAAGCGAGAAUAUAAUCGAGCUGACUUUGAAAACGUGGUCGAUUACCUCCAAAAAAAAGUCCCUGGUGUAACCAUAGCCACAGACCUGAUUUGUGGCUUUCCAACGGAAACAGAAGAGGAUUUCAAUGAAACAUUGAGCCUUUGUCAGAAAUACAAAUUCGUUUCUCUUUUCAUCAAUCAGUUUUAUCCAAGGCCUGGAACGCCCGCCGCUCGCUUGCCUCGACUCCCUGCUGCUGAGCUUAAAAGGCGUACGAAAGUGAUGACAGAAUUUUUCAAAAGUUACGAGCUUUUUCAGCCCCAAGUUGGCACCAAACAAAAUGUUCUGGUAACAGAGGAAGCUCAUGAUGGACAGCAUUAUGUCGCUCACAACAAGUUCUAUCAUCAGGUAUUAGUUGAGAAGAAUCCGAAAUGGCUUGGCAAGAUGCUGGAGGUGAAAAUCACUACGGCCAGCAAGCACUCCAUGGUCGGAGAGGUUCUCUGUGUUGUCGGGGAAACCCCUGCCACUCUUCUAAAAUCAGAUGCUUUCGAUAUCAAUUCUGCUAAAUCGCUGCCUUACACUUUCUUUGUUAUCAUUGUUUUGGUUAUUGCUAGAUUGUUUUGGGUGUUCUUUCUAUAGUAGUAUUGUUUUAGUUGAAAUCAAAGAACACUGCAAUAUCAUUGUGAUAAUUAUUAUUCAGUAUACAUUAAAAAAUGAAAAUCCUA